UUAUUACACCGAGUCCGUACAGCCUCACGUCAAACAAAACCAAGAGACAAGUACUUAUGUACAAACCCACGAGUAGUACAGGAAGUGAGUCAACGACCAUCAAUUCGUUUUGAACCACAUCCAAGUGGUAGACGUGAUCCCCUAGCUGAGAGAGACGCAAGGACCAGUAAACUAAGAGGAGGCGAGCUAAAAUAUGGUGCUAGAAGAGACCCGUUGCUAUCCAAUCCCAUCCGAACCCACAAGACGAAUUACAGGUUAUCUCUAAACAAUGGUUAUGAGUAUUUUGGACCUGAAAGUUUUGAAUUUGCAGGACAUGAAAGAGAUUAUCUACAAUGGGAAAUCAACAUGGACAAGUACUUUAGGUAUUAUUCCAUUCCCAAAGAAGAGAGGCUCACCUACAGUCUUGAACAACUCAUGGGAAGUGCAAAACAUUGGUGGAAGAGAGAGGAAAAAGAUAGAGUAUGGUACAAGGAGCCAUCACUAAGAACGUGGGGACAACUAAAGCUGCUUAUGAGGGAGAGAUAUGCACCUCAAAUGCUAUCCCAACCAGGUCAAAACACUUAUCCCUCAAAGGAACCAAGUCAAGAGAACACAACACAUCAACGUGUUAGUUACAAUCAAAACGCGGAUAUAUCACCCGCCAAGGUAAGUGACACAAAUUCUAAGCUUAAUGUUUAUCAACAAGUUGAGCACGUGAUACACUUGCUUUCAUCCAAGAAUAAUGAGAAAGGUAUAGGUGAAAGGGAAGAUUCGGCUUCAAUACCUUUACUUAAGCCGCAAGAUAAACAAGAGCAAGGUAAGUCCUCUAACUAUUUAAAUUCAAAUGCACCAACAUGUUAUAGAUGCCAUAAGAGAGGUCAUUUUGCUGCAAUAUGUCCUGAAAGACAAGUAGAAGAUAUCACAUCAAUAGAGUUAAAACUGAAUGCAUCUAACUCAAAUGAUUGUCUAGUGAAAUCAAGUUUAGAAUUUUCCAAUUCUAGAUUAAUGCACUUGUCUUUGCCAAAGGUUAUUGAUGCAGGUCUGUGCCAUAUCAUGAAUGACACGGCUGAAGAAGCAAACCAUAAUGUAGCAACUCCAAAGGAAGUUGAGAAUGACAUAAGCCUUAAGGAGAAACUUUCGGAAACAACGGCAUCACAAGUUUGCAAAAAUAAGACGUGUGAGCAAGCAACUGUUGAAGCACGUGUGAAGGCACAACUAUAUUCAACAUCAUCUGAUCUUGCUUCAAACAUCACACUCAUUAAGGUUGAGUUAAUGCCAAACACCUUACAUGGUAUCCUAGUAAGUGAAACCUAUGAUCUUGUUCAAUAUUGGAAUAAUUUAAUGAUUAAUCGUAGUUUCAAACACUUUGUUUUAAAUGAUUAUAUUUCAAGUAUAAUGCACUUGAUUUUAGUCUUAAGUGUCAAGAAAGAGACAGGUACCAUAGAAGAGUAUUAUGAUGAACGAGAGACCACAUCCCAAAGGAUAAUUAAUGUGGAGCAAACGGAGAAACUAGCAAAGAGUGAUAACAUGCAUCCAGUUCAAGAGCUUAAGAUGUGUUUACCAGCUAAUAAAGAUGAUGAAGUUAGCACCAACAACAUCUUGCUGCAAGAAGAAUCACCGGACCAGUCAUUGAAUCAACCAACCGUGGUUAUUUCGAAAGAUAUAUUCAACAAAGAUCUAUGUCAAGUAAGUCCCACGUUACUUCGAGUUAUUUCUAAUAAUUUGAAUGAUGUGAUAAUAAUGUUGUUAAGGUUUAGAAAGUUUGAGAGAAACGUUGGUUAUUUAAAUAAACAUGUAGAAUCAAUUUCUUGUUUUAAAUCAUAUCGAUUAGUUGAUUCACUUUGUGACAUACUUAUUGAUAAACUUUAUAAAAGAGAAAUGGUUCAACUCGUCCUUGUUUUACAUAUUUAUAUUGUUCCCAUGACUGUAUUAAUGCACUUGUUCUUUGCCAAAAGUGUCAACAACAUUGCAGGUACGAAUAUGGAUCAUAAAGGCGAUUCACCGAAGAUGAAGAAACGCUUGAAUCAAAAUCAAACCUGGAGUAAACCAGCGCCAUUAGUGAUCACACCAUCUUUAUUGGAGUCUAGGAGAGUCCCAAGUUCUUUUUUAAUCAAAGAGGAACCGCCAGAUCUCAAAGCUCAAGCAAAAACCCGAGAAGGAGCUAAACACAUUACACCAUCAACCGUUGUACUAGAUCAAAACCAAAGAGUGAUCUUAUCUUUCUUGCUCAAAGGAGAGCCACCCGAUGCACCAUGGAUCAUGCAGACACAACAUUACCAAGAUUGUACAGUUUCGAGGUCGAAACUUUUUCAAGGUCGAAACUUUUUCAAGAGAGAGGGUAUGAUGCGGACAUCAGAACUAGAUCAAAUCGGGAGCACACCAAACCAAUCGGUCCACACACCAAACCGGUUUACAUGGAGAAUUUUGGAGAAUCUUUGCCUAAAUGGAGUUCUGAUCAAGUAUAAGACGAAGGGUUAAUUAUUCACCAUGAUAUUAACCCUAAGAAGUCCGACAGUUUAAGAGGGAUCAAAAAUCAGCAAGUCAAAUCACCUUAUUAUUGGGAUAUGACUGUUGCACUCUUUUUCCCUUAUCUAGGGAUUGUCCCAAUUGGUUUACCUAGAAAGGUUUUUAAUGAGACAACACCAAGUCAUCAAGGAAUCAUUCACCAUCCAUAUGAUUCAAAGAUGAU